AGAAUGGAAUUUGCAAAUUGCUCACUGCUGUCUAAAUUCUUUCUCUUGGGAAUUAUGAAUAACCCUGAAAUGAAAGUAACUCUAUUCAUGGUAUUUCUAUUUGUUUAUCUCAUUAUUCUCUUGGCAAAUGUUGGAAUGAUCAUUUUAAUCAGAGUGGAUCCGCGGCUUUACACGCCCAUGUAUGUCUUCCUCAGCCACCUGUCAUUCUCUGACCUCUGCUAUUCCACGGCAGUUGGGCCCAAGAUGCUGGUGGACCUGCUUGCCAAGAACAAUUCAAUUCCUUUUGUUGGGUGUGCUCUGCAGUUGUUCAUCUUCUGUGUCUUUACAGACGCCGAGUGUCUGCUGCUGGCAGUGAUGGCCUUUGACAGGUACCAGGCCAUCAGCAAGCCCUUGCUCUACACGGCGCACAUGUCCAGCGCGCUGUGCACCCAGCUCCUGGCUGGGGUUUACCUGGUGGGGCUCACGGAUGCUCUGAUACACACUACCCUGACAUUCCGCUUAUGUUUCUGCGGGUCCAAUGAGAUUAACCAUUUCUUCUGUGAUGUGCCUCCUCUCCUCUUAAUAGCUUGUUCAGAUACACAGAUUAAUGAGUUAGUGAUAUUCACUAUUUUUGGUUUUAUAGAACUGAGUACAAUCUCAGGUGUACUUGUCUCCUACUGCUAUAUCAUCUUAUCGGUCUUAAAGAUCCGCUCUGCCGAGGGGAGGUUCAAGGCUUUCUCCACCUGCGCCUCCCACCUCACUGCCGUCGCCAUCUUCCAGGGAACCAUGCUCUUCAUGUACUUCCGCCCCAGUUCUGCCUACUCCCUCGAUCAGGACAAAAUGACCUCACUGUUUUACACCCUGGUGAUUCCCAUGCUGAACCCUCUGAUUUACAGCCUGCGGAACAAGGAUGUAAAAGAAGCUGUGAAAAACUUGAAAAGAAAACUAUUUUAA